GACAGUGAAAAAACUUUGUGCAGUGUUUGUUGCCAUCAUGUCUACUGCUAGCAACUCCCAGCCUCCAAGCCUACAGUCUGACGAAGAUUCAAGAGUAUCGUUGUCAUCUGAAUUAUCUGCAGACACCACAGUGCAAUACGAGGAACGGACUGAAAAUGCACCGCCAAAAGAUAUGUACAAAUUGGGCCCUCUGACAUCCCAUGGAGUGGAAGAUAUCCUUUCCGAAGGUGUUCGCUUUGAAAAUCAAGAUAACAAUUUGCAAGAUUGCAAAAUGGAAGGGAUACCCGGAAUAUCCGGGUCAUACGUUCAAGAUUAUAACUCCCGAGAUUCCACCGGGUUCAGUAUACACGAUAUUCUUGGCCUACCACAGUCUUACAGCAACAAUACGCAUGAAACUUUGGAUUCUGCGUACGAGUAUUCGAUGCGACAGUACGAUUUAAGGAAAACCUCAACAAAAAUUUAUAGGCACAAUACCGAGGAAAGAAUGCAAGACGAUUGCACAACUAAAAGCGGCGCUAUAAUAAUGAACAAUCAACAACUGGAAAAUCUGGACAUGUAUAACAGGCAGUAUUUUGUUAAUGAACCUGUACGUCGACUUCAGAAAAGCAGUUUAGACUACUGUGCGGUAAAGGAAUCUGAGGAAGACCUCGAUGACAUUAGUGCACCGCGAUACUCAAGUCAGACAUAUUCUUGGAGCGAAAAUGCAUCUUCUGAAUUAACGAACCAAAUUGAUAAUAGCGCUGUCGGGAUGUCAAAUGAUAUGGCUGCAAAUUCGACGUAUCAUCAAAAGAGCUUUACUAAAAGAGCACGCACAGCAUAUACGAGCUCACAACUAGUGGAGUUAGAAAAUGAGUUUCAUCAAAACAGGUACCUGUGUCGGCCUAGGCGCAUUGAAUUAGCUAACUACUUACAAUUGUCUGAAAGACAAAUAAAAAUAUGGUUCCAAAACAGAAGAAUGAAGUACAAGAAGGAUAAUAAACUGAAUAAGCCGUCAUCUUCAAUCGCUGAUAGUCCAUCGACUAGUUCGAAAGAAGCCUCCCCGAGUCAAGACCACAAGAUGAGUCACAGUAGAAGUUGCGGGAGUCACGACCUUCAUAGACGUUUUAUAUCUGACAGUCACUCCAAUCAUCACAAGCUGUAUGUAACUGCAAACGAUGCAGUUACAAAUUCUUCGGAAUUUUCGAACGUCUCUUCGUUGAAGUCAUCGUUGGUGAACAGUACCCAAAGUACAAUGGAAGUCUCAUCGUGUACGCCAAACAUACACUCGUCGUAUUAUUCCUCGGAUAACAACAAUGUAUACGUAUCUGAAAGCUAUCGUUACGGUAAUGAUGAAUCAUUACAAAUAAGUUCGACGGCUAUGGCAGGUAUAUCAAGUGACAGUUACGUACCGAAUGGAGCAAAUCUUAGAAUCAAUGAUGAAGGGACUCGAUACCCUGCUGGUAAUCCAUUUUACAGUGUUUUUCCUAAUGGAAUAGUUUUGCAUCCCCCAACUGCUGAAUCAUACGGGUUCAACACUGGAAUACCAACUAUAUCAGCUCCGACGUACGAUGAUAGUGGCUUAUCUCUAAGGACAACCGGCUUAUCAAUACCACAAGAGCCUUACGUCUACGGAACUUCUUCUGACGCAUCUACAAGCAAUCCAAGUAGCAGCACUUCCAACAAGUAUUCUUCUUACAUAUCACUAAACAAAGUAACCAUGCUUGAAAGUAGCAUGAAAUUUGAAACACUUUCCUCAGGAGAUGAAUCCCAGAUACACUACGUGGAAAAUGCACCUCAUCUGCAGUACAUGCCCCUGAACAAGGACAACUUCGAAGUUGCAAAUGCUUAUAACCUUAAAUUGAGAAAGAAGAAGAGAAUUCGCACCGCUUUCACAACGGAUCAGGUACUACUAUUAGAAAAUACAUUUUCAGAAAGAAAAUAUAUUGACAAAUGGACUCGUCAGAAGUUAGCAAACCGUCUAAAAAUCAGCGAGAAGAAUGUAAAGGUUUGGUUCCAAAACCGACGCAUGAAGAACAAGAGGUUAUCAUCAGAGUCAAGCGAUUCCAGUGAAACCAACGAUGGAGCGAGUAAAAAAAGUAAUGAAAACAAUGUAAAUCCUAGUUGGGAAUCUUCUGAUUUUACAUCUGAAAACUCAAACAAGCAGAACGUGGAAUCGUACAAUGAUUUGGAUGUCAAAAAUAAUUUAGUUGAUAACACACCAUUUCCUUCUGGUGUAAUCACUGAAAAUUUUUACUAUUAUCAACAAUGUCAACAACAGUAUGCUCCAUGUGUACCUGAAUUUGCUUUCAAUACUAAUUAUCAAUUUUAUUACGAUUAUAAUAAUUAUUAUUGUUACAAUCCCAUAGGUUAUGAUCAAUCAGCGUAUGGUUGUAACGGAUCUCAGUAUUUCACUAACUAAUAAUUAUAUUUAUUUAUAAAUUUAUAAUUUAAUAUAGGAGAUAAUAUAGUAAAUUAAUAUAUAUUAUUUUUAAUUAUUGUAGUUAUAGAUACUAAUAGAUUUGAAUAAUGUAUUUUCAAUAAGAAGUUAAUACACAAGAACAAUGAGAAUGU